AUAUCGCUGGAAAUUGUCUUUGCUUUUACGCACCGUGUGGAAAUAAUUCGCUGGCUGGGCUGUACCGCACCUACGCACCAUGACCUUCGCUUUCCUUUCAAAGGAGCCUGUCAACCAGGAAGUACAAGUUUGAGAAAUUCCGUCUAUCGCUACUCUAGCGGAGAUAUGGUUUAUCAUUGGUCCAUCCAAUUCACAUCCUGCAUUCCAGAAACCGACUGCAAUCGGCAUUACACAACAUUUUUUCUUUGUGGAAAGUGAACGUCAGUAUUCAUCCAGUGAAUCGUGACGGCUUCCGGCAGUGUCAAAGCGAUACAUCAUUUGAGUUACUCCUUUUUUCUUUGGAGGGCACGCAGUCACGGUGCACUCGCCUGAGAAUUAAAAGGAUCGACUGCUCAGCUCUGCUCAAAUUUGUAGACGGAAGGUCUGCAAAUUUGAAUAACAAUCAGUCACCCAAUGGAUAAAGUCGACACAGUGCAUGUCUCUGUAGUCGAAGGCCAACAGCCUAGCAACGACAUGGAUGCAGAUCUCCAUGACAACAUGCGGUCCUCUUUCAUCUCAAAUUCAUCGAGCACAUCUGGAACGUCUGAGGACUCAAACUACAGGGACUCGAUCAUCUCCUAUUCGUCGAUCGACUCCAUGGACAGAAAUUCUCCCGUGACUGAAGGCACCGGGUGUGGCUUAGGACGAGUUGAUUCCACCCGCUCAAUGCCUCCAGAAAGAUUGCGCACUGACUCAGAUGGCUCGGAAGACGGCCAGACAAUGAAAAAAGACAGUGGUAGGAAAACCUUAACUCGCAAGUCUGCAAUCAGACGAACGCACACUCUCACGCCUACCUCCUCACCGAAAGUCAAGGAUCGGAGGAAUCGUUCCAUCUCGUCAACGGAAUCACCCUUGGCAGAACUACAAAAGAGGGCGGCAGAGAAGGAGUUCCUCACCCUGAUCUUUGAUCUCCGGUUCUACACACAGACACAUGAAGUUGAGACAGUCAAAGACCUGACACUAAGGGACGCCAUUAAGCCAAUUCUUGCAACGGCCGACAUUGACAUCCGAACCAUCGACAUCUUCAUUGAAUCAUCCACAUCCCCAACCCCGCUAGAAUUUACGGUCAAACCCUUAGGUGGCAGGCACCUUUAUGUCAGAGCUAAAGCAGGCAGACACUCUAAAGCUUUGAUCAGUCCAAGCUUUGACCAGAAGACAAUGGAGGAAGGAGAAAAUGGAGACGUGGGGGAGCCGUUUCUUGGGACGAUUCCGAUGCGCAAGGAUAUGUCCAAAUUCUUGGGCGUGGAACAGAAGGAGCUUCAACCACCACCACCAAGACAAUCUACCCAGACUUUGGAGAGGAAGAAAGAUCUCACCAAACUCUUGGGGAUAAAUCAACCAGAUCCGAUCCCUAAUUCCAACAAGGGCAAUCGUCGGACGUCAGUCGUCAGUGGCCAAGACCCGGCAAAGGAAAAGGUAGAUCCCAAAUUCCUCAAGUUACAGCAGACGCUGGAUGACUUCAUGAUCAACGGUCUUCCGGACUUCCCAGCUCUGCUAACUUUCACUACCAAGAGAGAAGAUGAUGAGGAAUGUUUCCAACUUGAGGAGUCUUGGAGGGCCUUGGGCGAUGAGGAGGAAAUCAGCCAGCUCACCAAGAAGCAGACAGACCAGCAAGAGGCCAUUUGGGAGAUCAUCAGGACUGAAGUUGGCUACAUUAAGAACAUUCGCAUCAUUGUUGACUUCUAUCUGUGCACGCUGAUCAACCUUCAAGCAUCUGUCAUGCUUAAUGAGAUCGAGACAGAGAAGAUUUUCAGCAACAUAACUGCCAUUGAGAAGCUCCACACCAGAUUCUGGAAGGAGAAGCUCUCCAACGUGGUCAAGAAGGCACGAACAGAGAAAAGGAUCCCAUCAGCCUUAGACUUGGCCGAGGCUUUUGAAGGGUUUGCAGAUCUGUUUGCACCGUACAUCAAGUUCUGUACAGAUGAGGACGACUGCAUGAAGUACUUGAGGGAACGAACAAAAGAUAACGAGAUGCUGAGGUUCUUUGUUGAGUGGGCCCAGAGGCAUCCUAACAGCCGACGUCUCAAGCUACAAGAUCUUCUUGUCUAUCCCAUGCAACGCAUCACCAAGUACCCACUCCUCCUGAUUGCCGUGGAGAAAAAGACACUUGAGGAGGGUGAGAAUGCAGAGGUUGCACUCAGAAUAUCAGAGGUCAAGGAGUUUGUCACGCGGGUGAAUCACGAGCUCAGACAGGAACAAGAGAGGCAGAAGAUGGAAGAGACAAUUGAUCGCGUUGAGGCCUAUGAAGGUGUCAGCAUGCCAAGCGGUUGCGACGAACUUAGCAAGCUGGUGGAGGAGCACUCCAGCCUGGACCUCCUCGGCAGCAUGCCAAAUGCCCCGCCCGCCCAGGCCCGCUGGCUACACAUGAAGGGCUCCCUCAAGCUACGCGAUGCGGACUCGCGGCAGGAUGCUUACGGUUUCCUCUUCACCGACAUGUUUGUCCUGGCCAAGCAGCGGAAGAGCGACAAUUUCCGCAUCAUCAAGCCACCGAUGAGGGUGGACAUGAUCAGAACGCAGGAGCUGAAAGAUGGAAGUGGGUUUGCUCUGGUCCACGUGGAUGAAUAUAACUGUGCAGUUUAUGCUUGUGUCUUGUCGACACCCAAGGCCCAGGACUGGUUACAGAAGAUGGAAACGGCCAGGGCUCUGUAUGAGAACCUUUGCAGCUUUGAACUUGAGUACCAUAACAGGACGGAAGCAGAGGACGGGUCAGGUGAGCCACCGACCUCCCCCGAGGCCGUGGUCUUCUCCAUGCAGAACACCGCCUUCCCCUUUGUAGAGAACUCGCCCAGUUCCAGUCCUCUUAACUCCCCCAGGCUGACUCAGCGGCACCUUCUGCUGCCGUCUAGUAAUAUAUCACGGACCGGCUCACAGACCUCGUUGGCUAUGGCGGGUGGGGUGUCUCCGGUGCCAGAGGAGGAGGAGGAAGUGGGCAUGGACGAAGUCCUGAAGGAGGUGGUGCAGGUCUCCAGUGCAGUGAGAUUGGAUGAGAGCGUCAAGGUGGACUCCGAUGACGACGCACAGAACUCUAUCAACAAUAACAUGAGACUGACGUUCCCGCCCUCCAAGCAUCAGUCGGAGAACGAGGAUAAGAUACGAGAUGCGGUGGCGGGGAUGAGGAACGAAACUGACGGGAAUGGUCCCGUGAGGACGCAAACGUACUCCAACCCCAAGCGACCGGCUAACCUCACUCUCCCGCCCAUAAUCAACCAGGGCUCCUCGCCGGUCUCGCCCAGCAUGGAGAUCAUGUCCUUUGAGUCAGACGACGAUGAGCCCCAAGGGCAGGAGAGCUUAGCCUACUCAAUGCCCCCCUCGCCGCACCGCAAAGUCUCCCUGCAACAGCCCUCGUCCAUCCCGCCCAAGAAAUCGCCCAUCAAACAACGACGAGAAACCACCCCGGCCAGACAAGAAGGCAUGAAGAAACUGAAUGGUGAAGAGAGCAAAUCAAAGAGCAAACUCAGCAAAUUCAGCAAACUGGCCAAGAAAAAAAAUUCUACUCCUGCGAAGAUCUAGGCGGAGCAGUGAUGGAUAAGUAGCUUCCAAAAACAAACACUUCAGCAUUUCCAUCUAGUUCCGAGAACCACUUUUUUGGCCUGUUUAUCUUCAUUCAAGGUAAUUGUUUUUACUAUGAAUGUGUUGGUCGUAUACAGGUGUAGAAUUUUUCCAAAUAAUGAAACAAUUUUUUCCCUCAAACUCUUUGAUGGACCGUGAAGGUUCUGUCAAAUUUUUGAUUGACAAGAAAAGUCCAUCAAGUUUUGUGUUAUUGAAUGAGAUGGAACGACUAGUAUACAUCAAUGAUGACUGACUACUGUGUUUAUAUUUACCAAUAUCAGUAUGUUCUUUAUAUGUAAACUAAUAAUGAAUAUAAUUGAAGAUUAUAUGCCAUGGUGUAAGUUAUUGGUAACUAUUUCAUGGACACUUUACAGGGGAAAUGUGACACUCAAAGAUUGUCAGUGAGGAGGCAAUAGUUGACUAUUGCCCGACUUAUGUGGGUAACAGUUAACCAAAUGUGCACUCGGCAAACCGAUUGUUCAAUUAGCACCACGGGGGUUAGUAUCCAUGCCCGAACAUUGCCUUGGCUAUACACGAAAAGGUGGUGGCGGAUGUGGACGGUAAAGUAUGCCAUAUUUGCAAACUAUUUCAUGGGUAACAUUUUCAGAAAAAAAUACCAGGAGCUCAAAUAUCAUUCAUGUGGAAGCUUCUCCCAGUUACAUUCAAGUUUUGUCUGUGAGGAAGCAAUGGCAGACUACUUCCCAUGCAAUAGUAAAAAUAUUUGUACAAUAUUUGUACUGAUCGCAUACUGGCCUUAGUCUCCAAUUUUCUGUUCUUUGCAUUUUCCUGAAAAUUUUUCCAUCUUAUCGAUUUCAUUUUCUCCAUUGACUAAUGCAUAACAAUGCUGGAAAAUUUCUGCUUCCACUUUUUAAAAAAUGUACAUGAUGUACAUGUACAAAGCAUUAGUAUUUAUUUCAACACACCAUAGGGAAUAACUUUGCAAUGUAAUAUUUGUAUAUUUGAAGGGUUUUAUAACUUGCAGUAGCAGUGUUGUUGGAUGACAAGAUGAAGAUUUUUAGGCAAUCAACUUAAUAUGUACAGUAAACUUAUCACAGUGUAAAUAUCACCAUUGCUUUUUUGAAGCAAACAAAUACCCCCCCAAAAAAAAGACAGAAAAAAAGAAAAACAAAACAGAAUUAUCCAAAACUAAGCAAACAAAUUUAGGAAACCCAAAAUUAAAAACAAAACAGAAAGCUUCGAAAAUCUUUUUCGCUUUGGGUUUAUUUUCGGUUUUUGGUUUACCUCACGUUCAUGAAGUGAGGAGCAAAGUCGAGCAUUGUCAAUUCCUAAAUCCGAGUAAAUGCUGAUCCUUCAAAUCUGAACAAGUAACCACUGCUCACGAAUAGGCAGUUGUCGGUUCUUGUGUCACACAAUGCACUUUCGGAUAAAACAAACAUCUAACGCACACGUGGCUUUCAUGUACGUACACAAUAUUGUGCCGUGUACCUGUUGGGCGCGAUCGGCCAAUCAGCAUGACCCGCGCGCGUGAUCGCGUUGCGCACUCAGUCCUGUUUGAAGUAACUUCCCUUUUUCUGAAACAGCCUUUCGCGACCGUGAAUCAGAAGGAAAAUGCAGUCUUCUGAAGGUAAAAUAAUCGACAGGUCAUUCAGUAAGAUCGAGCUAUCGCGCCCAACAAACCCCUCCAACUAUAUUAAGCAUGUUCUGUAUUAUAUUCCACUGCAGUUUGAAUGUUUUGUAUGAAUAUAUAUUUUUGUAAUCUUGCAUAACCUGUAAUUUGCACCACAAUACAGUCCUUGUAAGUUAAUGCUGCUUCGGAGAUAAAAAGUAUAGAAAGGAAACAAAUGGAGUUUCUUCGGUUAAAAUUUUGAUUUGUAAAUCAGCUAAGUUGUGGUAUUGUGGCGGUUGUUACGAAAAGACAAAGCUGUGACGAAAAGAUGCAAUUUUCACUUAAUUUGAUACGUGACAAACUUGGAAGGGGUCACCGUGCCGUUUUCUCGAACAGUCGUUUGAUUUUCGUAUUGUUGUUCCUUCCAGGAUUAGUCACUAUUACCCCGUUGCCCAAGAUCAGUCAUUUUUGUUUUCAAACAAGGUUUCAAUUCGCAGAAACCAAAACACGUGAUUGAAGUGCUGCUUUAACAAUAUCGCGUGCCUUGUUCAAUAGCCGUGUCAUCCCCAGAGGGAGGUCCACGGAAUAACUGUGGCUUUCGGUUCAUCUCCGGCAUACUGCAUCUUCGUCAAGACGGCGUCUAAUCACCUGUUCGCAUUCCUCCACUCUCCCAACUUCUAAAGGACGCUGGAUUCCAAGAAAAGUUCGUUUUCCAUGAGGAAAACAAAGUGUGGAAUCAAAAAACUGGAGGACAUUGGAAAUUGCUACCGUUUGUGAAAUCUGCUUACGUGUGACUUCUUCAGACGUAGACCGACACGGUGAUCGAAACAUCGACAGACUGACCGCCCAACCAACUCGUAUUUUCGACAGACCUGUCAAAAACCGUAGCAACCAACCGACUCUGAUCGGUUGACCUCACCGAGGAAAACGGAAACCGGACCAAAGAACCGACCGACCUGUACGCGAAAUACCGCCUUUGUAACACAGUUUCCCAAAGUUUGACGAAAAAGAAAGAAGAAAAAUCACAGCAGCAAAAAUUAGGGCAACUACCCGCGGCAGCUUUUUUUCUAAUUUGGUGUACGACUGAACUCUCGCAGAGGGAUAAUUCAGAGAUGAUUGAAGACUUUCGGCUCAUUUCCAGACAGUUCAAACACUCCUUAGGGAGGAAAACUAUUAAAGUAUCAUACUUUCCUGUCGGCGAGGAGCGCCAGUGAACAGAUCGAGAGAGGAGAGACGGAAGAGUUCAGAGAUUUUUCCCUCAACUUGCACUUCGAACUCUUCACACUCGCGUGGUUAAAAUUUGACAGGAAAAAUAUGUCACCCCAUCCAUCAUGGCUGUUUUUCUUGUCGUGUGUGUGAGCACAGCUCACUUAUUUCGAUCCGUUCCUCGUGUACGACCGUCAUAUUUUGCUGAGCUGUUGUGUUUGAAAAUUGCAAGAGCCCUUGUUCCAAACUUUUCCUUUACAACUGUUUAGACUACACAUUGCCCAGAACUCCCAAUCCACAAAGUUUAAAUCCAGACAAAUAGAUAAUUGAAAUGCAAGCAUGCAAUGUUCUGUAGAUUGUGUUGGUGUUAUCAGAAAUCCUGUCACUUUCAAACCAGAGGUGGGUUCGAUUCCAGGCUAGUGUGCGCAUUUUUUUUUUCAUCCCCAAAUGUUGAAAUGUGCGAGUCCCCCACCUUAUCUUUAAGUAUUGGUGGCUUGGUUGGUACAUGGUAGAUCUCUGUGGGGUCCAUCAGACGCGAGUGCCGAGUCCCAGCAACGGUCCAGUUUAUUCGGUUUUAUUUACAAGUACGAACCGAUGCCUUAUAUAUUCGAAAUUAGAAAGUUGAAUUCCAGAAGUGCUAGUAGCUCAGGGGUAAGGCUUGGAGCUGCUGUCCCACAGAACACGGGUUCGAAUCCGGGUGUAAACAUUUUUAUUUCGAGUUUCUUUAUUCGAGUCUCAUAGAUAAAUAUAUGAAGUGAGCGGUUGUAGUUUGGGGACCCAAAUUGGGUACUCGGUAGAGGUGUGGACUCGGAAGGCGGUGGUCCCGGGUUCGAAUCCCGGUCGGGAAACCUGCGGUGGGUAGGAGUUCCGUGGAGCCUCGUCUAGGUAACUAGAUAAAAUAAAAUAAAAUAAAAUGGAACUUUUA